CUAGCAGCAAGGACAAACAACAUGGGCACAGCUGGAGAAGUAAUCAAGUGCAAAGCUGCUGUGCUAUGGGAGACUCAGAAGCCCUUCUCCAUCGAGGACAUAGAAGUCGCAGCUCCCAAGGCCCAUGAAGUUCGCAUUAAGAUGGUGGCCACGGGCAUCUGCCGCACAGACGAUCAUGCUGCUACUGGAAACUUUGUUACACCUCUUCCCAUAGUUUUAGGCCACGAGGGAGCCGGUAUUGUGGAAAGCGUUGGAGAAGGGGUGACUUCUGUAAAACCAGGCGAUAAAGUCAUCCCGCUCUUUUCUCCCCAGUGUGGAAAAUGCAGGGUUUGCAACCACCCAGAAAGCAACUUAUGUAUAAAAAACGAUUUGGUACAACCUCGGGGGACUCUACUGGAUGGCACCAGCAGGUUCACCUGCAAGGGGAAGUCAAUCCACAACUUCCUCAGCACCAGCACUUACUCCCAGUACACUGUGGUAGAUGAGAUAGCAGUGGCUAAAAUCGAUGAUGCUUCACCACUCGAGAAAGUCUGCCUCAUAGGCUGCGGGUUCACAACUGGUUAUGGCUCUGCUGUCCAAUUUGCCAAGGUGACCCGAGGCUCCAGCUGUGCUGUCUUUGGCCUUGGAGGUGUCGGUUUGUCUGUCAUCAUUGGCUGUAAAACAGCUGGAGCAGCCAGGAUCAUUGGUGUGGACACCAACAAAGACAAGUUUGCAAAGGCCAAAGAAUUUGGUGCAACUGAGUGCAUCAACCCUCAAGACUACAACAAACCCAUUGAGGAAGUACUCCAGGAAAUGACGGAUGGAGGGGUGGACUUUUCCUUUGAAGUAGUCGGCCGACUGGACACCAUGAUGUCUGCCCUGGUAGGCUGCCAUGCAGCAUGUGGAGUAAGUGUCAUUAUAGGGGUGCCUCCUAAUGCCCAAAACCUCUCCGUGAACCCCAUGUUGCUGUUAGGGGGUCGCACUUGGAAAGGAGCAAUAUUUGGUGGGUUUAAGAGUAAAGAUGCCGUCCCCAAGCUUGUGGCUGAUUUUAUGGCCAAGAAGUUUCCACUGGAACCAUUAAUUACCCAUGUUUUACCUUUUGAGAAAAUAAAUGAAGGAUUUGAUCUGCUUCGUGCUGGAAAGAGUAUCCGUACUGUCCUGACGUUCUGAGACCACACUGAUGCCUUCCUCCUGCUGAUGCCUCCACCACACUGAAUCACAGCACCAGUCACAU